CCGUGGUAAGUGCACAAGCAAAUGGGCUCCUGCUGUUGGUGGGAUCGAUAUUAGAUAAAGCUUGACUAGCACUUGUGAAAACCAUCAAGCGGGGAUAGCUCAGUUGGGAGAGCGUCAGACUGAAGAUCUGAAGGGUUUCUGCAGACCAGCCGCCCCCGCCGCCGUUUCGGAGCUCAGAUCGCCGCUAACACACCACGGUCUCCUGUCUCGGGUAUCAACGUAUAAUUGGGCUGCGAGACUGACUACACGGAUGAUGGCUUCACGAGGGACUAGUGCCGUGCUUUCAAGAGCUGCUCGGAUGAGGCAAAAACUGCAGUCUGUCUUGGAGGCCAGUGCCCUAGAUAUUGAAGAUGUUUCUUACCAACAUGCCGGGCAUGCAGCUGUCAAGGACAAUGCAAACGAGACGCACUUCAACGUCAAGGUAGUUUCACCAAAAUUUGAGGGGCAGAGCCUUGUGAAGCGUCACAGGAUGGUGUAUGAUCUUCUGAGGGAUGAGCUUAGCUCAGGGCUCCAUGCUGUCUCCAUUGUUGCAAAAACCCCGAAAGAGUUAGGAUCUUGAUUGUAUAAUAAUGUCGAAUAAGCACUGUCCUAUGUUUCAAAAUAAAUCUGUCGUCAUAGCAGUAUUCAUGUAACCAUGAACUGAUUGCCAAAACAAUGCCAUUGGCAUGCUGCUCUUAUGAAGAUCUGAUAUUCAGAAUAGACUGGAGUGGAGAAUUUAUUCCAACUUCUUUUGAUGACUAAUGGAUCAUGUCAAUCAUGUCA